UGUCAGCGCCAGGAUACCGUGUCCAAGCUCGCCGCCGCGGUGGACUCUGAAAACGCCGUUCUCGUGCGUGGGACGCCAGCCACCGGGAAAACGGUCCUGUGCCGAUUGCUCCGGGAAUACUACCUCGACCACAAUCGCAACGUGUAUCUCCUCCCUGUAUGGGGGCGCCAAGAAGCACCCCCCGGAUCCCCUUGGACUCAGUUCGGCUGGCGCCUGUGACAACGAGAUCCUGAGUUCGAUCCAACAUGGGCAUCGGUUCCUGCCAAGACGGUGAUUCUGAUCGACGAGGCUCAGGGUUCCUACCGCGACAUGAAGUUCUGGAAUACGGUCAUCAAGGAUGUGCAAUCUGGGCUUCGCCUGGGGGAUAUCAAGAUCUGCCUUUUCGCAUACUAUGGACACCCUGUGACCGGCGUGAAUUGGAGGGACCUGGACUAUGCAUAUACUCCGACGACGUUUGGUAUCGCGUCGCAUAUCGCACUGGCCCCUCGACCUGGCCUGUAUUCGGUAAGUAUCGGCUUGUUUUACACCGUAGACGAAGUUCGUGAAGUUGUAGCACUUCGGACGACACGGGGGUUCGAUGACGAGUUCACGAUUGAUCGCACGGCUAUGGAUUACUUGUAUAAGCUGACAAGUGCGCAUCCCGGGAUGGUGGCCGCCAUGGUCGAUAUCCUUUUCAAUGCGCAUUGCGAUCUUAGUAAACAGGGAAAAAUCCAUACGAUCACAAUGGACCACGUGCUGGAAGUCUUGAAGGAUGAGAGUCAAUUCUUUAAGUCAAUCGACAACCAUGGGGCUUUUCGCUCAUUUCCUUCCCACUCCGCGUUGACGUCCAAGGCUCUUGAUGUACUGGGCCAGAUCUUAGCCAAAGGAAGCAUAUCGUUUGACUUCGACGAUGCGGCAAUGUGGAUGUGCUACAUGCGGGGCUGGGUUCACCGGACACUUCAGGAAUAUACAUCUGAGGAUGUUGUUGUCCUGCCGUCGCGCCUACACGAAAUGUAGGUUCCUACACACAUAAUACCUUGGCUACAUCAGAAUUGACUCGAUCUCAGGUGGGUUGACU